AUGAAAACAAUUAUUGCAGCCUGUUCCCAAAAUCUUAGUGGCAGCCGCGCCAGCGUCCAGACCGCCCUGCGCACCCUGCUCGCAGCACCCUGGCCCUCGCAGCGGGACCUCCGCUCCUGGCUCCAGCUCCUCUCCGUCCUGCAGUGGGUGCUCAGCUUCCUGCUGCUGGGAACCGUCAGCCUGCUGCUCCUCAUCUACCUGGUGUUCACCAGCUUCUGGCCCAUCUCCGCGCUCUACCUGGCCUGGAUCAUCUUCGACUGGGACACGCCGGAGAAAGGUGGCAGGAGGCUGCCGUGCCUGCGGCGAUGGCCCGUGUGGAGGCACUUUCGGGAUUAUUUCCCCGUGAAGCUGGUGAAGACGCAUGACCUGUCCCCCAGCCACAACUACAUCAUCGGCUCCCACCCCCACGGCAUCCUCUGCGUCGGCGCCUUCUGCAACUUCAUCACGGGCUCGACGGGCUUCGGGGAGAUGUUCCCGGGCAUCCGGCCCUUCCUCACCACCCUGGCCGGCAACUUCCGUCUGCCCAUCUUCAGGGAGUACCUGAUGAGCGGGGGCCUGUGCCCGGUGACACGCCGUGCCAUCGGGUACCUGCUAUCCAAGAACGGCACAGGCAACGCGGUGGCCAUCGUCAUCGGCGGCGCGGCCGAGUCGCUCUCCUGCCGUCCCGGCGUCACCACGCUUAUCCUGAAGAACCGCAAGGGUUUUGUCCGCAUGGCCCUGCAGCACGGGGCCUACCUUGUCCCCUCCUUCUCCUUUGGGGAGAACGACCUCUUCCGCCAAGUGGUCUUUGAGGAGGGCAGCUGGAUGAGGAGCAUCCAGCAGCGCUUCCAGAAGAUGAUGGGCUUUGCUCCCUGUGUCUUCUAUGGCCGGGGUCUCACCUCUGUCCAGUCCCGGGGCUUCCUCCCCUAUGCCAGACCCAUCACCACCGUGGUGGGGGAGCCAGUGACAGUGCCUAAGAUCGAGGACCCGAGCUGCGAGACAGUGGACAUGUACCACGAGAUGUACGUCCGCUCCCUGCUCAAGCUCUUCAAUGAGAACAAGACCAAGUACGGGCUGUCGGAGACGGACGAGCUGCAUAUCCUCUGA